UCACCUGAACCGUGUGGAUAGCCGGCCAAGUUUGAGCAUAGCCUUGCCGUCUCUGGCGGUCAUGGGUCAAGGUCCUCCUCCUUCAACUACCAGCUAAUACCGGUCCAAGAGACAUCCGCAUCCAUCUGCUCUUGGUACGGGUUGCAGCUCGAUCGGAUUGGUGCGGGGGGCAGCGAUCGACCAACCGUCUGAGAUGCAGCAGGCGGAAGGCUGCUCGGCUUCCACAGCUGGUCUCAGUGGUCUGCACAUGCUGCCGUCUCAAACAUGUGAGCAAUAUGACAGGACAAGAGUGAGGUGAGAAUGAGAGUGAGAAGUGAGCGACCAACGGACAACUCACGAGCAGAGGCCAUGCCCGUCCGCUUCGCCAUUGCCGAAGCUCUUCCAGGGAAGCCCCUCGUACGCUCCCGUGAAAAUCUUCAGGAGAAAACCGCUCAACUUCCGCUUCGGCGGCCGGGAUUUCCCAGCAAACGCUUCCACGUACCGACCACUCGGAGCUUUGGGACGGCGCCCGAUGGCCUAUCAACGAUACAGGUGCGCAAAGAGACCGCCGGUCCGGUCAUACUCUCCCGGAAUGCCAUCCCAUCUUCUUUUUUUUUGGCACCGAACCUAAUACUUGGAGACCGCUAUGCAGUACAAGAUUUCGUCGGGUCACCCGGUGGAUAACAUAGUGCCCACAGCGUCUCCGGAGUAGACCUGGCGAUCAUUACAAGGAAACGGCUUCGAGAAAAGAGGCAUUUUCCCUCGUCGGGACCAGUACUACGUGGGCUCUGGCCGGCCAAUUGCUAGUGUCACAGUCUUUGCGAUCCUUGGGCUGUGCUAAAGUCUGU